UUCAGUUUUCAAUUGAGCUAUAAAGUGGCAUCCUUGAUGUUGCAACAAAGGAGGAGAGCAGCAUUUUUCUCUCCGUGGAUCGCGUUCACAUUACGCCGCCUGUAUAAAACUGUGCCAGAAUGAAAGUGAUCUUCAGACUGUACGGUCAAAACGGUUCCCAUCAAAAGUCAGCCCAUCUUGAGCAUAUCAUCGCUGUUGUUGCAGCAUCUGCGGUUCAAACAACAGUAGUUUAUCAGGAUGAUUGUCUUCUUACUGUUUUUCGGAGGCGAUAGAUUUCUUCAGUGGAUUUGGGACUUCAUAUAUGCGGAACGUCAUUUGCUCCUCAUGUCACCCCACUUUAGCGUGUGUGCGGCUUUCGGCAUUCACCUCAUCCUCUCUGCUCCUUUCAUGCUUCUGGAUGUCUUCAGUCCACAUGUGGGAUGGCUCCAAAAGUACAGGUUACACCGUGAAGUCGUUGGCUUGCAUCAGUGGUUUCGAUGUGCUAUCCGAAUUUUCUGGAAAUACAUCAUUGGCAUUUUACCAUUUACUGCGCUGGUUCUGUCGUUACGGAGCACGCAUUUGCCGGAGAGAGCGCCGUCCUCUUUCCAUGCUUUCAAGGAAUGCGUCUCAUGCAUGCUCGUCUUCGAUACGCUCUUCUUCAUCUGUCAUUACUCCAUUCACAAAAUUCCCUGGCUAUACCACAACAUCCACCGCAUUCACCAUCAGAACAGGGACACUUUUGCUCUGGCAGCUCAGGACUCCAGUAUUUCUGAACUGCUGACUCUACAAUCCCUUGCAUUUACAAGCGCCAUGCUUGUGGGCUGCCACCCUUUUAGUGAAAUCCUUUUCCAUCUGGUUAACACCUGGAUGGCUGUGGAGGACCACUGUGGAUAUGAAUUUCCUUGGGCACUGCAUCAGUUGUUGCCAUGCUUUGGCGGGGCUCCACACCACCUGGCCCAUCAUCAGCACUUUAAAGGGAACUUCGCCCCUUACUUCAAACACUGGGAUUACAUCUUCGGGACCUCAUUGCCUAAUUCAGCAAAUGAGUGAGACAGUAGAUAGUGUGAAUCCAGGUUAAUUAUUAUUUGACAGUGAGAAUGAGACAGUUAGAUGUAUAUGAAGUACCUAUUGUAUCUGAUUUCACCCUAUAUGACCUGACAUAUGUGACCCAGGUCCACAAAACCAGUCUUAAGUGUAUAUUUUUAGAAAUUGAGAUGUGAAAGCUGAAUAAAUAAACUUUCCAUUGAUGUAUGGUUUAUUAGGAUUGGACAAUAUUUGGCUGAGAUACAGCUAUUUGAAAAUCUGGAAUAUGAGGGUGUAAAAAAAAAAAAAAUCCUAAUACUGAGAAAAUGUCUUUGAAGUUGUCCAGAUUAAUUCUUAGUUAUGCAUAUUACUAAUCAAAAAUUAAGUUUUGAUAUAUUGAUGGUAGGAAAUUUACAAAAUAUCUUCAUGGAACAUGAUC